UCCGGUUCUGGACUCGACUUCAGUAGUGCAUGCUCUAGGUAUAGAAUCUCUCAUCCAAGCAUCUCCCUUUUAACCCUUUUUCCAAGUCUUGUAGCAAGAUGAAGGUCGUCACUGCUACAUUGGCUCUUUUGCUGCUCAUCUUAUCAUCCUCUUAUCUCCAAGCUGCCAUGGCCGGCUCAGCUUAUUGUGACUCCAAGUGCAAAGUAAGGUGUGCCAAAGCCGGGGUGAUGGACCGCUGCCUCAAAUACUGCGGGAUGUGCUGCGAGGAGUGCAAGUGCGUACCAUCUGGGACUUACGGGAACAAGGAUGAGUGCCCCUGCUACAGAGAUAAGGUCACCAAAGGUGACAGCAAGAAGCCCAAGUGUCCUUGAGUGUUACUUAGCUCAAAUGCCACUUGGUACAAUGCUAUUAGCAAACUUAUAAUUAUAAAUUGGUGAUCGGGGUCCUGUUAUAUCAUUGGUAAUAAAUUAUAGUAGUAGUUUGCAAAUCGCUUUCGAAGAGAAUAUGUCAGGUUUCAUUGAAAUAAAUAAUGGGAAGUAGAGAGAGAGAGAUUCGACA